AUGGAUAGCAACAAAGACGAGGCCGUGAGAUGCAUCAACAUUGUCAAGGAGGCAAUCGCCGCCGGCAACAAGCAAAAAGCACUCAAAUUCCUCGGAAUCGCUCGCCGCCUUAAUGAGAAUCUACCUGUUGACGAUCUUCUAUCCGCGUGCGAGAAUCUUGACCCGUCGUCUUCCUCCUCUAGUCCGUCCAGUGGCGUGAAGAAAAGUGUUCCUGACAAGAAGGAUGAGGAUGCUUCCGUCAAUGGUGACAGGGUUUUGAAUGGCGAGAGAAGCUACACGGAGGAGCACGUGCACAUGGUCCGGCAAAUCCGGACUAAAAAGGAUUAUUACUCGAUUUUAGGCCUGGAAAAGAAUUGCACGGUUGAUGAAAUCAGGAAGGCGUAUAGAAAGCUGUCCCUGAAAGUCCAUCCGGACAAGAACAAGGCACCCGGUUCUGAGGAGGCUUUCAAGAAGGUCAGCAGGGCCUUUAAAUGCUUGAGCGAUGAUGAUUCCAGGAGACAGUAUGACCAAACUGGCUUAGUCGACGAGUUUGAGCACAACCAGCAGUAUCAGGUCAGGAGGAGGAGGAGAACAGGCAACAAUUUUUUUGAUGAUGAGUUUGACCCUGAUGAGAUUUUCAGGGCUUUUUUCGGCCAACGUGAUGCGUUCAGGCACACACAUGUUUACAGGACCCGGGCGAAUAACAAUGGUGGUGCCCACCAUAGGGAGGAUUUUGGGGGUGGGGGUGGGGGUGGUGAGGGUCGGAAUUUCAUGCUUUUGGUGCAGUUGAUACCGUUUCUGGUAAUUAUUCUGCUGGCCUACCUCCCGUUCUCAGACCCCGAGUACUCGUUGCAGAAGAACUAUUCGUAUCAGUUUAAGAAGGCGACCAGCGAGCAUGGGGUCGAGUUCUUUGUCAAGUCAGCUGAGUUUGACAGGAAUUAUCCAGUCGGGAGCCCAGGCAGGAAUGAGAUCGAGAAUAGUGUGUUGAAGGAUUACAAGCACAUGUUGGGGAGGUACUGCCAUAUGGAGAUGCAGAGGCGCCAUUGGAACAGGCACUUUCCGACUCCUCACUGUGACAAGCUCGAGAGUUUCGCGUCGUGA